AAAGAGAAGUGAAAGGAAAAGCAAGGUGAGCAGAUUAAAGUAGUUUGUGAGUAAACACUACAGUAAGGUGAGAAUUAAGUAGAACUAAAAUGGUGACAUAAGAAAUAACCUACUAGAAAUACGACUUGUCAGGAAGCUUGAAGACCUGGGACUCAGCUCCACCCUGUGCAGCUGGGUCUUCAACUUCCUGACGGGCCAGCCCGUUCUCAUUCCCAGGACGUCAAAUACCAACGUUGUGUCACACUCCUCGUACAGAUGCUGCCAGAUCUCGCGAGAGUGUUUGGUUGAGACAGAGAGGUCUCGAACAAAGUUCAUUUUCUCCUGAUUUGUAUGUCUGAAAAAAGCCACUUUAGUGUCAGAAUGUUCGGAAGAUAUGUGGCUCGUGAAAAAUGGGUCCGAUAUUUACUUUGGUGACUAUGGGGCAAAAGAAUCGGUCAUAAUCUGUGCUCACAUUCAUUUCUCCCAUUGGAGUGAACAGACUAAGGACCUGCCGCUUGUCUCCUAAAGGGGCGGGGCCGUGGUGAAACCCACCCAAACAAACACAAGCCUUUCACCCAGGGUACCGAGGUCUGUGUCCCGUGUGAAACCAAAAUUAACGUUGAGUUAUGAAAAGUGUUAAAUCACUUGACGUUUCAAGACACGUCACGUGACUUCCGUAACUUAAGUGACGUGACUUCCUACUACCUAACCAAGUAGUUUCUGAAGGCAUCUCCUACAGACGCUAAACCAUGUACCAUGUAUACAACGCCGAGGGGCGUGUUUGACGCCCUGGGAAUGAGAACGGGCUGGACGGGCAGACCCCAGGCGGUAGGGGUGGGCAGCCACAACUCAUUCCUCCUCACCAUCAACACAGGAGCCCCCCAAGGAUGUGUCCUGAGCCCCCUGCUGUACUCCCUGUACACACAUGACUGUGUGGCUACAUCUGACUCCACCACCAUCAAGUUUGCUGUUGACACACUAGUGGUGGGAUUGAUCUCUGACAACAAAGAGAAGGUCUACCUGACUCACCUGGAGAACAACCUCUCUGUCAGCAAGAAUAAGGAGAUGAUAGUUGAUUUUGGGAGGAGGCAGGGGAGGAACUACCAACCCCUCAGGAUCAAGGGGGUACUGGUGGAGAGGGAGGACAGCUUCAGAUACCUCUGCGUCUGCAUCACAGAGGAUUUAUCAUGGUCCUCUCACAUCAGCACCUUGGUAAGGAAAGCCCAUCAGCGUCUCUACCACCUCAGACACCUAAGGGAUUACAGGCUGCCCCUCAAGGUGCUAAAGACUUUCUACACCUGCACCGUAGUGAGCAUUCUGACAGGCAGCAUCACACCUGGUUUGGGAGCAGCACUAAGAGGGACUACCUGUCCCAGCAGAGGGCGGUGCAGUCAGCUGAACGCACCAUCUGAUGGGAUUCGUCUACUCUCAGCCCUACAGGACAUUUACAGCCGGAGGGGCAGGACGAGGGCUGAUAAGGUGGUUCGGCUCAUAAGAGACCUCCAUCACCCAACAACAGACUCUUCUCUCUGUUGCAGUUAGGGAGGCGCUACCGCUGCCUCAAGGCCAAAACACAGAGGAUGAGGAGGUGUUUCUUCCCUCCGACUUUCACUUCACUUACAUAAUUUAUAACCCAGAAUUGUAAUCCAUCCACCUGCCGCACACUGAAUAUGAUAUCUGUACCGGUUAUAUUGUUUCAAUUCUCUGAAACUCAUCCAUGGUCAUACUGUUUAAUUGUUUCACUUUUUAAUUUCUCUGAAACGUACGGAUAGAUUGUUUUAGUGUUUCUUUUGUAAAAUAUUUUAUUUUAUUUGGUUUAUUUUAUUCUAUAGUAUUCUAUUCUGUUUUUAACUAUUGUUGGUUGCUUUCUGGAGCUAGGCACAAACAGAUUACACUACAAGUUGUUUUGUGUAUGUGACAAAUAAACGUGAUUUUUUUUGUGUGUGAAAAUAAUUGUUAGUUGCGCCCUUGACAGCCUUACCACCGUGCUGCAGCCAACCCAGUCUAGUCCAGUUUUGCCAUUAUUAUGACUGAUAGUUCAAAAUAGAUAUAAGGCAACUCAAUAUUUUUUGGAGGGAGGGGGGUGAAACCUUUACUAAAGAAUCAUUUCAAAUCCUCCACAUCCCUCAUAUUGACACAUAGACUGACAGACUGCCACUGUUGGAAAGUAAGUACUUUACUUAGGUACAAUUUUGAGCUACUCGUACUUUACUCGUCCUCGUACUAUAUACUUCUACUGCUCUACAUUUCAGAAAGAAAUACUGUUCUUUUUACUAGACUACAUUUAUUUGACAACUGUAGCUGUACUGA